AUGUAUACAUUAAAUUUUUGGAAGUAUAUGAAAUGGAAAAACAUUGGGGGUAAGAGAGUACCAUAUGGUGGUCUUCCGUCAAGAAAUCAAACAACACCUACUCCUCAAGUGACUCACCCGAACCAAUCACCUGCUUCACAAUAUUUAACUGAUAUGUCAACACCACCUCGAAGACCUAUACCGACAGAUAACAUACAAGCAUCUUAUUCAGAACCUGGGACUCCUGGACAAACAUACAAUGCAAAUACUCCGGGAGCUUUACCACUGGAAAUGCGAGACCUUGAGGAAGAAGACGAUUAUGAUGAGGAAGAAGAAUAUGGUAUUAUAUUUUACUUAUUCCAAGGCAUCGAUUCUAAAGAAUUUGAGAGGACAUUAAGAUCUCAAUUAGAAAAUGAGAUUGAGUGGGCGUUUGAAAUAUUGGUUCAAUUAUCUUCAGAUGAAACGGAUGUACGAAAGCUUACAGGAAUUGAAUCCGGUAGCAUUUUAGCCAUCGACAAUGCAAAUGAGAAUAUUUUGGUGUUUCGAAACGUUUCACUUAAUGAUUAUAACGUCAAAUUUAUGGCAGGACAUAAAACAUUACGAAAAUAUUUAAUUGAAGCUCACUUAUUACCGGAGAUUGAACAAUUAUGUGAACUUAAACAUUAUUGUCUAGAGACAGUGGUAAAUAUAUCACGAAAUAUAAGAUUAAAGAAUAGCCAAAAUGAACUUAUCACAACCCUACUUAAAUUACUUUAUUCUAAAGAUAGUUUAAUUGUUUUAUUGGCAGUUAAUUCCAUGACAAAUUUAGCUUCCAAUGAAUAUAAUGGAGAGAUAGAUCCCGCAACUGUACAACGUUUAUUACAAUUAUUACUUAUCGAGUUAAUACUUGCGGUACUAUAUUGGUUUUAUCAUUUUGUUCGACUUUUAAUAAAUUUUUUACGUCACGGAGCAAAUGAUAAGGACUUUUUAAAUGAUCAGAGAACAUCAGUAUUACAAACAGAUAUUUGGUAUGCUUACCGAGAGAAAUUCAUGCAUUCGCAAUCUCAAAUGAUGCCAGCAGCAGAAGUCAUCAAACAUGUUGUAAAGCAGUUGUGA